GCCUACGCUAUCACCGUAUCGCAGCAACAAUGGCGCCCGCUUCGCUUCUGGAUUUGAUUUCCGCGCUGCCCACCAGCGAAAGCUGGGGCCCUCCGGUCUCCAGCGAAACCAUGCUCGAGGGCGUUCCUUAUGCGCCUUACUCGAAAGCCGACAGGCUGGGGCGUAUGGCCGACUGGACCGAGGGCAAGGACCGUGAGGGUCGCGGUGGUCGCCAGCAGUACGGCAACAGAGCCUACAGAGAUCAGCAGGUUUACGGCGCCUCGCAAGCCAGCAACCCCUUCGCGAUCCAGGCCGCCGAGGAGGAAGCUACCUUCUCCGUCGUCGACAACACCCGUACUUCUACUAGGACCCGGGGCUUUGGCCGCGGCGGUGGAACCGUCUUCCGUGGCCGCGGACAGCGUGGCGGCGCAGCCCAGCGCGGUGGCAGGGGAACCUUCCAACGUGUUGGCGGUAGGCCCCAGCAGGGCGGUUACGACAGCCGUGGUGGACGUGGUGGCCGCGGUGGUAGGCGUUUCGGUUGGAGGGACGACAAACCGCAGCGCAACCGGGAUGCUUCCGUUCAAGUCAAGCCGGACUGGUCGGUUCUGGAGGAGAUUGACUUUGCGCGUCUCUCCAAGCUUAACCUCGAGACCCCCGAUGGAGAGGACCUCGACAACUACGGCUUCCUCUACUACUACGACCGUACCUACGACAAGGCGCCCGGUGCCGUUACCUCGCAGAAGAAGCUCAACGUUCUCGACCGCGCGGCCUACAAUGUCUCUACGUCGAGCGAUCCUAUCAUUCAGGAGCUUGCCGAGAAGGACGAGGCUACUGUUUUCGCUACCGACAGCAUCCUGUCCCUCCUCAUGUGCGCGCCCAAGUCCGUAUACCCCUGGGACUUGGUGUUCACUCGCCGCCGCAAGCAGGUCUUCAUUGACAAGCGCGAGAACUCCAACAUUGACAUGGUCACCGUCAACGAGAACGCGACUGACGCGCCGCUGGAGACUUCUGAGGGCAACAAGGACGUCAUCAACAACCCCAACGCUCUCAUGAUGGAGGCUACCCACAUCAACAACGUCUUCCCUCUCCAGGUCGUCACCGAGUCCCAGUCUGCCAAGCGCGACAUGCCCCACGCCCACCCCUUCUACAACGAGGAGGAGGAGACCGACCCGCCCGCGUCCAAGGCCUACAGGUACCGCCGUUUCGACCUCUCGCUCGAGCGCGAUGAGGAGCCCCUCCACCUGGUUGUCCGUACGGAGCUUGACGCCGUUGUCAAGAACAACAUCAACGGCGAGGACCAGUUCCUGACGAUCAAGGCCCUGAACGAGUUCGACAACAAGGCCCAAGGCAGCGGUGGUGCUCUUGACUGGCGCACCAAGCUUGCCAGCCAGCGUGGUGCUGUUCUUGCCACUGAGAUGAAGAACAACUCUUGCAAGCUGGCUCGCUGGACUGUCCAGUCCAUCCUCGCCAAGGCCGAUACUAUGAAGCUUGGUUUCGUCUCUCGUUCCAACCCUAGGAACAACAACGACCACGUCAUCCUGGGUGUUCUCAGCAACAAGCCUCGCGAGUUUGCUACCCAGAUGACGCUCAACCUGGGCAACGGCUGGGGUAUCGUCCGCACCAUUGUCGAUAUGCUGCUCAAGGAGCCCGAGGGCAAGUACGUCCUCGUCAAGGACCCCAACAAGCCCGUUCUGCGCUUGUACCAGGUCCCGGAGAACACCUUCGAGGAGGAGAACGAGGCUGAGGCCGUGGGUGACAACGAGGAUGAGGAAUAGAUGUGAGGGUUGAUUAGCGAUAUGCUCUACGACAUGGUUAUGGAAUCUUGAGCGAGGUAUAAGACUUCGGAUACCUGGCUCACAAAAGCAAUGAGAUAAUUCUGUUUAGAUUUCAGUUCCGGAUGUAGUGACAGUCAAUUGAGGGAUACCCAAGGGGAAUAGCGUUUGGAGAUGACUAGACAGCUAUGAUUUCAUUGGGUAGAGUGCCUUCCG